UGGAGAUUUUCGAAAUUUUUUAGCUUGAUUCGUUGAUCUGUCAAAUUUUAAGUAAAUUAAAUGAUCUCUAAUUUAAUGCAAGUCUAUUUAGGUGGCUAAUUCGAGUGUAAUUAACAAAUUAGUUUUAGUAGUCUUAGAAAUAAAAUAAAUUAAUUGACAAUUUGUUUUGCUAAAUAAAAAAUCUUGAUUUAUAUAUUAAAUUAUUUAAAUAUUGUAUAAAAUAUAACCUGUAAUUGAAAAUGGAGUAGGCUUGUGAUGUGAGGAUGCUCUUAUUUGAGUUUAUAUGUUGUGUUUUACUUUUAAUUUUUUUCUUAGACAUUAUUAAUACAUUUAAUAACAAAUAGUGUGAUAAAAUAAAUUUUAUGUUUGUUUUAAAAAAAUUAUGAAAUAAACCCUCGUCCAUUGUAUUGUUUCAUUUGGUCCGGCCCAAUUUGGAAGGCACUUGCUGAACCACAGGUAUUCCGCCUGCGCGCCAGUAAUAAAUAUACAAAAGCCAAUCGUAACAGCGACUGGCGAGCAAAUUUAACUCGAACUGCGGUUGCCGUUCCCGGUCUGUUUUAACCUCGAAGCCAAUCCGCCGUUUGAAAUGAGGGUAACUGCGUGGUUCUUAACAAAUGGAGGUAUAAUUUCUUAUUAAUUCCAUUUAGCGUUGAAGAAACAGUUUCUUUUCUUCUUUCAGUCAUUUUUACAAACAUCUUGUGCUCCAAGCGGUGACCAUAGAUUUGUGCUCCAUUAUUCUGGUUUAAAAGCUCAGCCAAUCACUGAAAAUGCGGUCUAUUAGAAUUCUAACUUCGAACAUAAAGAAAUUUUCAGGUCUAGCCCCUACCCGUCUCAUUUCAUCACACCAAGUGCUAACCCACAUUGCAAUUUCAACCGUUGAAACCACUGUGAUGGGGCCUUUCGAUUCAAAAUUUUCAGUGGCUUUCUCUUCUUUCUCUUCCUCAGAUCUUGAAAUCCCAACUGCACCUAAAAUUUCCGUUAGGCGAGAGGAAUGUUCCAGUGAAAAUGAUUUUAGUGACUCUAACGAAGAUGACGAUGAUGAUAACAUUACACAGUUGAAUUUAGGAGAUGCUAGUUUUGUUGAGGACGUGAAGACCAUUGUGAAUAUAUUGAAUCAACUGGGUGAUAAUCGUGUGGAAAUGAAGAACAAGAUUGAGCAAUGUGGCGUUAAGGUCUCACAGGAGUUGGUCCAGGAGGUACUGUCUAGAGUAAGAAAUGACUGGGAGGCAGCAUUUACUUUCUUUCUGUGGGCUGGAAGGCAGCCAGGCUAUGUCCAUUCUGUGCGUGAAUAUAAUUCUAUGAUUUCUAUUCUUGCUAAAAUGAGAAAGUUCGAUACAGCAUGGUCAUUGAUCGAUGAGAUGAGAGGGGUUAAGACCGGUGUUUCUCUUGUUGUACCACAGACUUUGCUUAUUAUGAUUAGAAGAUAUUGUGCAGUGCAUGAUGUUGGUCGGGCUAUAAACACUUUUUAUGCAUAUAAGCGGUUUAAAUUUGAUGUGGGGAUUGAGGAGUUUCAAAGUCUUUUAUCUGCUCUUUGUCGCUAUAAGAAUGUGCAGGAUGCUGAACACUUGAUGUUUUCAAAGAAAGAUGUUUUCCCAUUUAAUACAAAGAGUUUUAAUAUUGUGCUUAAUGGUUGGUCUAAUGUGAUUGGUAGUCCUCGUCAAUCAGACAGAAUAUGGAGGGAAAUGUGCAAGAGGGGUAUUCAAUAUGAUGCUGUGUCAUAUGCUAGUAUCAUAUCUUGCUACUCAAAGGCAGGUAAUCUUUAUAAGGUGCUCAAGCUGUACAACCAGAUGAAUGAAAUGAGGAUUGAACCAGAUAGGAAGGUCUACAAUGCUGUCAUUCAUGCUCUCGCAAAAGCUAGACAUGUGAAGGAAGCUAUCAAUCUCAUGAAAGCAAUGGAAGAUAAAGGUAUUGCUCCUAAUACUGUCACUUACAAUUCACUGAUCAAACCUUUAUGCAAGGCAAGAAAAAUAGAUGAGGCCAGAGGGGUCUUUGAUGAGAUGUUACAGCGUGGUCACUCUCCGACUAUACGAACUUACCAUGCAUUCUUCCGUAUUCUAAGAACAGGGGAAGAAGUUUUUGCACUAUUGGAGAAGAUGAGAAAGAUGGGGUGCCAGCCAAUUACUGAUACUUAUAUCAUGUUGAUUAGAAAAUUUUGUCGAUGGCGGCAGUUUGAUGAUGUGUUUAAGUUGUGGAAUGAAAUGAGUGAGAACGGGAUAGGUCCUGAUCGUAGCUCAUAUAUUGUGCUCAUACAUGGGCUCUUCUUAAAUGGAAAGUUGGAGGCAGCCUACAAAUAUUACACAGAUAUGAAGCAAACACAAUUAUUGCCAGACCCAAAGAUAGAUGAGAUGCUGAGUACUUGGUUAUCAAAUAAGCAAAUGGCUGAAUGUCAGAUGACAAAAUCAAAAGGUGAUCAGUCGAAUUUUAGUCAAUAAGGCGAGCAAAGCAGAGCUAUGCCUAAGAUAAUUAAUUAUUAGAAAGAUUUAUCUGACAAGCUGAAAGUAGAACAGUGAGAUUGGUGAGCAUUUUCCUUUUGGGAGCUGUAGCUUCUCAUGCAAUAUUAAGUCUCAACAGCAGCUGGUUUGUGUAUUUAACAACCAGCAGCAUCAAAUGCUUCAUGAACUCAUACAGGUGAUGACCGCUGGAUUCCUUCACCCCGGACUAGGGGCUUGACCACGGCCCAAGGCUCAUGACGUAGAGGCCCACACAUCUGAUAUACAGAACGAGCCUGGCUCAUCCGACCCUCAAGGCCGGGCUCGACCCAUCUUCUUCACUCAAGCCGGCCUGGCCCACACGAAGCAGGCCCUCUCCAUUCAGGCUUAGCGUCUGGCCCCAACUCGCGGCCCAGCCCAGGAUCCAGAGAAAUAUUCACCAAACAGCCUGGCAAAUCCGCUCGAACGUACGCACGAGGAGAAUCAGAGGCCGUUACGCAUGGAGCAGGCAGCUGAUACCCUAGUACCUCCGAAUCCGCAUGGCAGAGACGCGUGGCCCAAUCCUGGAGAGACCUUUAC